UUUCUAAUCUGUAAUUGGAUAAAUAAAAAAUUAUACACAUAAACUCUGAAAGAAAAUAAUUCAUUAUAAAUACAUUAUGAAAUCUAAUCUUAAGGAUGAUACUAAGAAAGAAAUCUUACAGGGAUUAAAUAUAAAACUUGGUGGAGAUAUAAAUAACUUACAGGCAGCCUGUGAUUUACAAAAUGAGCUGGCCAAUAAAAGAGAUCGUCUUGAAAGUUCCUUAAGUGCUGCUAAUGAUGAGGUGCCCACAAAGCUUACAUCAGCUAUUAAUAAGGCAGAACUUAACUCAAAGCAAAUUGAAAACCUUAAAAUCAAAAGUGAUGACUUUAAGAAGAGAGCUGAGGACUUUUUAAGUAGAACACAACCACUGCUCAGUGAAUUAGAUAAAAGGUUUAUGGCUAUUAGUAAACUGGAAAAGGUUUUGGAGUAUUUUAAGUCUUAUGCAAAAAUUCAAGAUUUAAGUGAGCAGAUGAAGAAUUGUAAAGAUGAUGAGCAGCUGGUCUUAAUGUACAGUGACAUGAAAAUAAUGUGUCAACAAUACAAAAACUCACACCAAGCUAAUUAUGCAAAAGAAUAUACACAUUAUUGGCAUAAUAUCCUUAAGGACAAUUUAAUAAAGCACUAUGAUGAUGUACUCAAAUUAUUAAAAUGGCCACUAACUAGUGGAACUGACAUCUCACAAGUUUCAAAAGAGGUUCUUAACAAAUUCAACAAUUUGACAAGAAAUUUGUUUCUUAUUCAAGAGCCUGAGAAUUUGUUAGCUAAAGCUGCUAUUACCGGAGAUUUUUCCACAGUACAAGAACCCUCUCUACCAAUAAAGGUCUUGCUCCGGCCUCUAAAGAAGCGCUUUGCCUUUCACUUCACUGGUUCUCGGCAAACUGCAAGAAUUGAUAGACCUGAGUGGUUCCUUACUCAAACAUUAACCUGGAUUAAAGACCACCAGAUAUUUAUCAAGAAUAAUGUGCAACCAAUUGCAGAUAAACUUGAAUUGAAAAAUGUGAAUGCUUUGGACGAAUUCAAUGAAGGCCUAGUAGCGUUGGCGGCUGAGAGGCUACACACAGUACUAGCAAUGUAUCACAGUCAAAAUAAUAUAGUGGAUGUCGAUUCUGCAUUUGCACACGCUGUAGAUGAGACUCUAGGUUUUCAUAAAGAAUUAACAGAGAUAACGGGAUAUGAGUCAAAUAGUGUCCUAUCAGUAUUGACCAAAGCGGAGACUUUUGUACGGUGGUUGGCUGUUGAGAAGAAAUAUGCUCUUUCUAAGAUGGAUGAAAUGCUAGACAAUGAGCAAUGGUUCGAGCCAGUAGCGGCCGGCGUAGGGGCAGCAGUAGGAUCCUUCGUGUGGGUACCGCGUGGAUCCGAUUGGUUUGUGGCGUUAUUAAAAACCAUAGAAGAAAGAUACGCGAUCCUACCACAGCCUGGACAUCGAAUACAAUUCCUUGAACUACAAUUAGAAUUGAUCGAGGAAUGGCGGGUGCGCCUCACCCAAAUAAUGAGUGCUGCAGUGGAUAGUUUGAAACCAGACAGCUUUUUAGUUGCUGGUCCUCAUCCUCUCAUAGCCAUUGUCAACACCGCUCACCACACUAGGAGCGUAUUGCUGCAAUGGGCUCACUCUCUGCAUUACCUACAACUAUACUACUAUAGACGUCAGUUCCAUCAAUUCACUCAACAACAGCACAGCAGCGGGCAAGAGAGUGAGUCCUCAACAAGUUCUGAAGACGAAGAUGAGACCGAUGAAGAGACGUUCAGAGACGAAAGCGAAAACGAAAAGGAGGGUUCAAUAUGUUUGGAAGACGUGGAGACGCGAGCUAAAGAUCUAGCUUUGAAGGAAGUUAAUAAACGUCAUUCGAUCAUCGAUCCAAGUCAAUAUGACACUAGAACGAUAGCAAACCCAGCAGUGGCAGAACCGCUACCAGAAGGUGAUGGUGGUGAAGAUGGCGGUGUGUUCGGUGAUGCACCAGCUCUGUUACAUCACCUUCGACAAGCAGGUCUUACGGCGCUAGUCCAAUUCCUCGUUGUCGAGUUCAGGGACCAUUUACACGAUUAUAAAUCAUUGAAAUGGCACGCCAUGCUAACAGUGGAGCAGAGAGCUCUUUGCGUAUCCAGUGCUUUGGGCAGGCCAUUAUCGACCCUAUGCACUAGAUUGGUCACGUUGACUGAGAUGCUACCGCCUCAUAUUGGUCAACUGUUCAAAAAUGAGUUGGCUUUGCAGCUUGAUAACUGCUUGUUUCGGGAGGUGGUUAUAUGCAACUGGUUCAAUACUGGCGGAACUAUCCAAUUCACGCAUGACGUCAUGAGAAAUAUCUUGCCGGCUUUUGCGGGGUUCGAUAACAAAAUUCUGGAAGGUAUUCCUGUGCCAAGAUUGGCUGAAACCUGUAUGCUUCUCAACUUCGACUAUGAUGACGCGCGUCGUAUCCGAACGGGCUUAGCCAAAAAUGAUUCGGAUACGGUGAAUAGACUUAUCGCCAUGGGCCUCGUCGCCAUCACCCCGGCUGAGGCACUUCAGAUCCUCAACCAAAGGACUGAUCUCGCUGACGCGUCGUCACCUACUUCGGUGAUGGAGCUGUUCUAAAACAAAGGCCAAUCCGGAGUCAGUUAAAUCUUUCACAGUAGACUGUAUGUUUAGACAAAAAAUAUUUAUCUUAGGAAAGAGAAGGCGUGGUAAAUAACACAAUUCUAUUAAAAUUAAUACUUUUGUAUAUAAAGUAUCAAGAUUAAUAUCUUAUAAUGACGUUUCAGUGUUGCCAACAUUUUAAGUUUAUCUUUUCUUAUAAGGGAGCGUUCAAGUAUUAGGUCCUUACAUAUGAAAUUGGCGUUUUGUA